CUUCAAUAUCUAAAUUUUCCAUAAAACACACGAACCGAUGCGAUAUUUUAAUCACUCAAAACUGGCUGCAAAUAAAAAUACGCAGCGUUUUAUAAAUAAGUAACCCGAGAAGAAGUUUAAAUAUUUAAAAAAAAAAAAAGCUGAAAGUUAAUAAAGGUGUCAGGCACACGGUGCCCAAACAAAUAAAAAACAUAAAAUACGCCUGUAAAAAUAAGAUAAUAAAAUUUAUUUAAAUAGUGACUACCAGCAGCAAAAUGGCAGCGGCCGACUCAUCAACCGACGACAGUCUUUAUCCAAUAGCCGUUUUAAUUGACGAGCUGAAGAAUGAGGAUGUCCAGUUACGCUUGAAUUCAAUAAAAAAACUUUCAACAAUCGCAUUGGCACUUGGGGCUGAAAGAACACGCAGUGAAUUGAUGCCAUUUCUCACCGAAACAAUUUACGAUGAAGAUGAAGUAUUAUUAGCACUUGCUGAACAACUUGGAUCAUUUACUCCACUUGUUGGCGGGCCUGAAUACGUCCACUGUCUUCUGCCACCAUUGGAAGCUUUGGCAGCAGUAGAAGAGACAGUAGUACGUGACAAAGCCGUGGAAUCACUCCGAAAUAUCGCCAGCCAACACAGCCCAACUUAUUUGGAAGAUCAUUUUGUACCUUUGGUCCAACGUCUAGCUUCUGGUGACUGGUUUACGUCGAGAACUUCAGCUUGUGGAUUAAUAAGUGUAUGUUACCCACGUGUAAGUCCCGCGACUAAAGCUGAAUUGAGAAACCAUUUCCGCAACUUGUGUCAAGAUGACACUCCGAUGGUGCGUCGAUCUGCGGCUUCUAAACUCGGAGAGUUUGCUAAAGUUGUUGAGAUUGAGUAUCUCAAGGCGGAUUUGAUUCCGAUGUUCGUUGUCUUGGCACAGGAUGAACAGGACUCUGUACGUCUGUUGGCAGUUGAUGCAUGUGUCAGUAUUGCUUCUCUUCUUCAGCAAGAAGAUGUUGAACAAUUAGUCAUGCCAACAUUGCGUCAAUGUGCUGGUGACCAGUCGUGGCGCGUCCGUUAUAUGGUCGCUGAUAAAUUUACGGAUCUCCAAAAAGCAGUGGGUCCAGAAAUAACAAAAACUGAUCUAGUUCCAGCAUUCCAAGUUCUGUUGAAAGACACCGAAGCUGAAGUAAGAGCAGCAGCCGCUGAAAAAGUUCGUGAAUUUUGUCAAAAUCUCGAUCAGUUCAAUCAAGAAAAUAUUAUUAUGACAAAUAUAUUACCUUUUAUAAAAGAACUUGUUGCUGAUCUUAAUCAACAUGUUAAAUCAGCUUUAGCUGGUGUUAUUAUGGGACUUAGUCCUAUUUUAGGAAAACACAAUACUAUUGAACACUUGCUGCCACUUUUCCUUAUGCAAUUAAAAGACGAGUGUCCAGAAGUACGUCUUAAUAUCAUCAGCAACUUGGACUGCGUCAACGAGGUAAUUGGGAUCCAGCAGCUGUCUCAGUCCUUGCUGCCAGCAAUUGUCGAGCUUGCUGAAGACAGCAAAUGGCGAGUGCGCUUAGCAAUUAUCGAAUACAUGCCGCUGCUAGCUGGACAACUGGGCGUUGAGUUCUUUGAUGAAAAAUUAAACUCGCUGUCAAUGAACUGGCUCGUCGACCACGUCUACGCAAUCAGAGAAGCCGCGACGCUUAAUUUGAAAAAAUUGGUCGAGAAAUUCGGUCCCGAGUGGGCAUCAAACACUAUUAUUCCAAAAGUUUUAAAUAUGUCACGUGACCAAAAUUACCUUCAUCGUAUGACAUGUUUGUUCUGUAUCAAUGUUUUGGCUGAAGUAUGCGGUCCCGAUAUAACAACAAAAGUGAUGCUGCCUACAGUUGUCGCAAUGGCAAAUGACAACGUAGCGAACGUAAGAUUCAAUGUAGCAAAAACAUUACAACGUAUUGGGCCUUAUCUAGAACCAAGUGCAGUACAAACGCAAGUCAAACCAGUACUUGAUAAACUUAACACAGAUCCAGAUGUUGAUGUCAAAUAUUUUGCUUCCGAAGCUAUCGCUGGUAUCGCAGCGUAGGUUAAUCAAGUCUCCUAAGCGCAUUUAUCUUUAAUCCUCAUUCAAAAACAUAACUACAUAUAAAAAAAAAGAAAAAAAUACAUUAAGUAAAUUAGAGAAGGAAUAAAUUUUUUCACAGCGGGAAUAUAAGUAACAAUAACAAUAACAGUAACAAUUAUAAUAAAGUACCAACAUCGGUCUCUCUUUUCCACAAGAUGUAGCUGGAUACCGUGAAGAUGCACAUAGCGUAGAAAAAUUGAAGUAACCCACGGAUUUAACAGUUAAUGCAAACUGCUAUUUAAAAAUUCAAUUGUAUUUGUAUAUCUAUAGCAAUUGUACUAAGUAUUGAAUUAUUCAGUUUAUAAAAUAAGUUCUUAUUACUAUUAAUAUUAUUAUUAUUAUGUAUCUUGGUAAUAAUUAAGUUAAUCUUCUUGACGAUUGAGAACAAUAAAGUGGAUAAUUACGCGGUAUCAUUCCCAUAUUUAAAAAAAAGAAGAAGGAAAAUAAAAACAAAGUCGUGUCACUAACUUGGUUAUUACUGAAAUAAAAUUUUAAAUCAAUA